GGGUGGGCGGUGCGAGAGGCUGGUUUUCGCAGAAUCGGGCUCCUGUGAAGAGAGCAGGUAUUAAGCUACGCGUUGGGCUGGCUGCUACCAAUAUGAGCGGCCUGGAUGGGGUCGAGAGGACCCUUCUCCAGACCAGCAGCCCUAAUACUCCCGACCAUGCCCCAGGAGACCCGGACCAACACCAGCGCCUGAAGCUCCGCGAGAAAACCGAGGCGUCACAGGUGAUGACGGAGACGGGUGGAGGAGGCUUGGAGACCGUCGCGCUCCCACAGCCCCAGCUUCCAGAGGAAUGUGGAGCCUCCCACGACCCCGCGGUCUGUGGCCGUACUCCCCAGACCCAGGUCGGUGGGGAUCCCGGUUACGGAGCGACCAAAGCGGGACUAGAAGAGGUUCCGCCUCCCCCGGAGCGCGGGGAAGCCGAGUCUGCGUCCAUGGCAACGGACUGCAGCCUGAACAAUAGCUGUCAGCUUGUAGAGCUGGGCGGCCCAGAUGCGGAGAAGGCCGUAGAAAGCUGCGGCGCAGAGAGGUCAGGGUCAGAGGUGAUGGCGAAGGCGGAGGAAGUGAACACUGAAUUGAACACCAUCUUCUCGGUAGCACUGGAUGAGGAGGUGGUGAAUAAGGAAGUAGUAAAGGAGGAGGAGGUAAUGGAGCAGGAGAUGGAGGUAGAGGAGAAGCCAGGAGGUGAAGAAAUACAAAUGGUAGAGGAAAAUAGAGGGGUAGAAGAGGUGAGGGAGGAGGCAGGGCCCCGGAUUAUGGAUCUGCGCAUGAACCCCCUAGAGGCCAUCCAACUGGAACUGGACACGGUGAAUGCUCAGGCCGACAGGGCCUUUCAACAACUGGAGCAUAAGUUUGGACGGAUGCGUCGACAUUACCUGGAGCGGAGGAACUACAUCAUUCAGAAUAUACCGGGCUUCUGGGUCACUGCCUUUCGGAACCAUCCCCAGUUGUCCCCCAUGAUUAGGAGCCAAGAUGCAGAGAUGUUAAGAUAUGUAACCAAUUUGGAGGUAAAAGAACUCAGACACCCGAGAACGGGCUGCAAGUUCAAGUUCUUCUUUCGAAGAAACCCCUACUUUAGAAACAAGCUGAUUGUCAAGGAAUAUGAGGUCAGAGCCUCUGGCCGAGUGGUGUCUCUUUCCACUCCAAUUAUAUGGCGUCGGGGCCAUGAACCCCAGUCUUUUAUUCGCAGGAACCAAGAUGUCGUCUGUAGUUUCUUCACCUGGUUUUCAGACCACAGCCUUCCGGAGUCUGAUAGGAUCGCUGAGAUUAUCAAAGAGGACCUGUGGCCAAAUCCACUGCAAUACUACUUGUUGCGUGAAGGAGCCCGUCGAGCCAGACGUCGUCCAAUAAGGGAGCCAGUGGAGAUCCCCAGGCCCUUUGGAUUCCAGUCUGGUUAAACUUUGCCCUCGGGACUACCCCUGCACAAGGUCCCCUGUCACCUUUUUCUGGACUUGUGCUUAGGCAACAGAAAUGGGUAUGCCUUCUACACCCUCCUCCCCCGCCCCGACAUUUCUGCAACAUUUUUCCUCUGGACAUUUAGUUCUCUCAGCCUCAAGAUUGAGACGUUCAUGGUCAUGCUUCACCACUUCUACACAGACUUUGUGCUGUUCUGAAUUACUGUUACAUGCUGCAUGGCCAUUGUUCACAAUACUGCUAAGCCAAGUAAAUGUUGCUCUGAAUUGAACAGCCUUUAUCUGCACUGCUUGGACUGUUUGUUCUCAGGGCCUCUGGUUUGGCCCUUACCACCUAGAAUUCUAGCUUUAGUAGGAGCCCAUUCUACUCACUUUGCUCUGCAGUGCAGGCGUGUAGUUUGUGGACAGUUACAGGGCAUUAAUAAUAUCAAGAGGGAGAUCAGCAGUGGUCCACUUGGUCUUUGUGAUUUAACUGACCGCGCUGCCCCUCUUGUACCUCUGGUCACCUCCUAAUGCUGCCUGCUUUUGGCUGUGCCCACCCCCCUUUGGCUAUUACCUAUUAGAUGGACGAACAUCUUCCAGGCCAUUAUCAGCCCCUGUUUGGUUUCUGGUAAAUCAGAGUCUACAGAACUGAUGGUGGACCCAAGUUUCCUCCCAGCACAAGUUUCCUUUCCAGCUGUUCCAUUCCUCUACAUUAGUUCCUCACUGCCUCUUCCCUCGACCCCCAUUAUCCAGGAACCCUAUGAUCAGGCGAAUGUUUGAGGUGACAGGUUAGACCUUGUCCUCAUGGCAAGAGUAAAGUUGGUGUCUAGGCUUUCUUAGCUUGAACUAGCAAUUCAUACAAAACCUAGGUACUUUCUAGAGCCUCCAUUCUUUCCUCAUCCUGAACAUGAUUAAGUGUCAGGGUAGGGUAGCAGUACACUUUGUCUCUUAUCUGUUAAAAAGAAAAAGACAUCUGUGAAAGCAUACUUUUUAGCUUAAUUUGGCACUCUCCAUCAUUUUCAGGGACAAGUAGUCCUAUAAAAGAGACUCUCAGAGUUUAUUACUCUUUACUCUCUUCCCCACUCUCCAUCCUCCAACUCUUAGAGGGCUUAAAGGGAGACAUCCAGAUGGAAUGAAAAGUGAUAUCUAGUUCAUAAUGGAUGGAAGAACUAAAGAGAUUGUGAUGGUGUCCUAAGAAGGGGAAACUGAACAGACCAUAGGCAAAAAUGAGACAGGUAAAAAUUGGGCCUAAAAUUAAGACUGGCUGGCUGAGAGCCUUAAAGAAAAAGGUCUGUUAGUGGUGAUGGAUGGAGAAAUACUUUUUCUCAUGAUUUUUGAUGGGAGAAUUGAAGGGGAUUGGAGUGUUAAAUACCUUGCCAAGAGACGCGUUCUUUAAAGAAAUAAAAUGCAACUUGGGGUGCUUUCUCUCGUUUUCAUGUGAAUUUAUGCAGAAGGUUAAUACUGUGUCCUUUAUUUCACUAGUAUUUGGUAAAAUCCUGUUGUUUUCUCUGUUUCUGCUUACUGGGAAAAUUGAGCUGUAUAAGAUUGCUUUCAAUUGGGAACAUUUGGAAAACUAAUCUUUCCAGUACAAUAAAGACUUAAAUGAAUAUUCGUAA